AUAUGGCAUUGCGCCAGAAAUUUUAAACCACGGCUUCCCGCGUGUGCUCAUCAAGACCUACAUGCAGUACAUGCGUGUGCUCUGUUCCCGCCUCAGCAUUAGUCAUAUCGGACUGAUACCGCUCUGCCCGUAUAAACGUACUGACUUCGAUCUGUCCACAGCCAAAAACAGUUUGCUGUCUUGCUAGAUCGACGGUGCGUGUCUGCGGAGUCUCUGCAUUUUUGCUCGACACUCAACUAUCGACUUGAGUCGACAUAGGUUUGCCAUAUCUCUAGUCUCCUUCCCAGACGCAUAAUCUGAGUCUCGGCAGACAGCAUUUCAAGUUGAUCUACAAUGUCGACGUCCUUCCAAAGAUUACAUAAGGCCCACCUAUCCAGGUGCUGUACUGCACUGAUGGUCGCCAUUUUGUUUCUGUCAACGGUGAAAUCUGACCCCGGGAAGACAGACUGCCUCGUUCCCGACGAUGUUCAGCUCCUUGCCCAACUGCUAUCAAACGGUGGGAUUGUGAUGAGUCCCACUGGCAACGAGGCAGACGAGCACGAGCAAUCCUUAGUCCAAGACCCUCGCGAUAUCUUCCAGGCCGGCCAAGUUGACCUUAACUCAGGGGUCACUCCGGGAGACUGGCACUGUCCUAUCGGGGAGGAACCUCCGCGGCACGCACCAGUGCAUGAGCUCGCAGCGUGCCCGUGGCGGUUCGUGGUGGACCGUGACCCAACCCGCUACCCGCCUACCGUGUUCCACGCCGUUUCUCGGUGCGGCGCCUGCUUAGGUCCCGGUGGCUCUCUCAUAGCCGGAACGAGAUGUGAACCCGUGACCUACCAAACCAAGGCGCUGCGCCAAAAGGGAUGUGAACAACCCGGAGGUGUCAUGACAUAUGACGUGGAGAACUUGGAACAAACUGUUGCUUUUCAGUGCACCUUCAUUGCCAAAUGAUAAAAUUAAAAAUAAAAUUGUUCCACCGAUUUUUGGGGGUACCGGGAACAUGGGGUGUACAAGCAUAACAUUCACUGUGUGGACUUCCGAACAAAAGAAGUCCACAUACAAACCAGGUAGCAGCGACGUUGUGUGGACUUGCCCACGUCC